AUGGAUGGUACUCAGCCAGAGGGCUCGGCUCCCACGCCGGAGGAAACUUCAACUAUUUCUUUGAGGAUAUUAUCGCCUUCUUUUGAAGCAACUCAGCGCCUAUCGUUUGAAAAGCUCUCGUUAUCGACGACGGUUGGAGAUGUCAAGAACCUUAUCGCGCCCCUCGCCCCUAAUCAUCCCACCCCAGAACAACAGAGACUCAUUUAUCGCGGGCGCCCUCUUUUGAACAAUAGCGCAGCCCUUGAGAGUGUGUUGGAGCCUCCACUGAACACAGUGCAUACGUUACAUCUUGUUCUACCUCCAGGACCCGAGCUUUCGAACAACAUAUAUGUAGCCCCUGACAGUGGCUUGCGUUAUAGACACCCUCCAGGCCGAAGUCCCAACCUGAAUCCCAAUAUCUUCGCAGAUACAGCUGCAACAGCUACCGGCGCGCAAACACCAGGGCAAACCUCAGUACCACCUCUUUCAGGGCUCAAUAAUCCGACGCAAACUUCAACCCCGUCUCCAAUUGGUCAGCCGUCGAACGCUGAAACAAUGCGACAAGCUUUAGAGCAACACAGGCGCAGAACAGAAGAGCUAAACCAGGUUGUCGAUAGAGCCAGAGCUUUGAUAAACACCCACACAAGUCGCAUGCGAUUUCAAAAUCUGAAUGUACCACGCCGCGACAACCAUGGUCAUCCGGCAGUCACAACAACACCACUAGGGACGACACCAGUGCCUAAUGCACAUGCACCCAAUGUAAAUUAUCGCCAGAACCAAGGGAAUGCGCAAAGUCUGCUGGUAGCCCAGAUUACGUCCUGGAUUAUGUUACUGGAGCUCGAAGUUGAUCGAGGUAUUGCUCCCUCUAUCGAGUCUAUCGCAACGGUUCGCAAUCAACUAUACGCUAUUCUCGACGCUCGCUAUCGCCACCCUUCACCAGGUCCCAGAGGCAUUGAGGUUGAAGCACUUCUGUUACGCUUGCAAAAUCUAGACGCUCGCGCUUUUCAGCUUCGUCAAUCUGAGCACGUCCGCAGUUUCUCAGGAGUGAAUACCAGCGCAGCCGGAAGCAGCGCUCAGACUAAUCAAGCCUCGGAAUACUAUCUCAUCACAACACCAUCUGGUGAACAGAUGAUUCUCACACCCCCGCCACCUUCCACAACACAGAAUAUUCCCGAGACCAGCCUAGUUUUUCCAGAGCAACAGCCUGCUAGAAACGAAAUUGACCAAUUAGGCAUGAUUCCCAACAACGCCCUACACAAUGUCGUUCGACAGGCGGUCCUAAACCAACGACCAGUACGAAACAAUAACGACCAAUUUGCACAAAACCUUCGACGUUUCUGGCUCUUUAUGCGGCUGUACUUCUUUUGCUAUCUCUUCACCGACUCGAACACUUGGGAGCGAUAUCUAUUCGUGGGUGUGGCUGCAAUCUUUGCCCUUUUUUCCGAAUCAAACAUCACAAGUCGUUUGUUCAGUAUCAUAGUACAACCGAUCCAACGCCAUCUCGAGGGGUUGAUUCACGGCGAGCCUCCUGCUCAAACGCAGCAAAGCACUAACGGCACCAACAACGUUGACACCAAUCAACCGGAGCAGAAUCGAGCACCAACGGUUGCCGCUCAAGGAAGUUUUCGACGCAUUGAACGAGCUUUUGCUUUGUUUAUUGCUAGUCUAAUUCCGGGUCUCGGAGAACGACAAGUGGAAGUACGAAAUGCAGCUGAAGAAGCGGCACGUAUUGCUCGAGAACAGGAACAGGUUCGUAUAGAUGAAGCCAACGCGCAGAAUGAGGAGCAAUCGCAGGGAGAGCCAGCAGUUAACGAAGGAGGUGCGCCUCCUGCUGUUGCAGAUGCAGCUGCCAAUGUAGAGGCGCCACAGCAGCAACCACCAGCUCAGCAGUAA